GGGUAGGUAGGCGAGAUAGAUUUAAAUAUAUUUUGAUGUUAUUUUAUUUUCAAUUUUUCACCAAUCAUCUUACAAUGAGACAACAUUAUGGUGGGCACCAUGUUCAGCUAUUUUACGUCAUUCAAGAAAUAACAGUAUAAGAUGCCAUUCAUUAUUUUAAAUUCCUUAAAAAAUCAAAGCAUCAAUGCCGAAAUCGAAUUAUUCCCUAAUUAGCUCCAGUAUGUUUCUUCAUCUUCUUCUUCUUGCUCUACCAUUAGUGAUACAAAUUAGCCCCCUGCAAGUACAAGCUGCUGCAACUGUCAAAUUUCUUCCUGGAUUUGACGGUCCUCUUCCUUUUCAUCUCGAAACUGGGUAUGUAGGUGUGGGUAAAGAAGAGAAACACCAGCUAUUUUAUUAUUUUAUUAAAUCAGAAUCAGACCCUGGAAAUGAUCCUCUUAUAUUGUGGCUCACUGGAGGACCUGGUUGCUCUUCUUUCAAUGGAGUUGUCUAUGAAAUUGGACCAUUAUAUUACAAACAAAAAAAGUAUAAUGGAAGUCUACCAACACUUGGAGCGACUCCAAACUCAUGGACCAAGGUUGCAAAUAUAAUUUUUUUAGAGCAACCUGUAAAUACUGGAUUUUCAUAUGCAACAACACCAGAAGCAAUGCAUGUUAUUGAUGUUGAUGCAUGUACCCACGUCUAUCAAUUUUUACUUAAGUGGCUCGUUGAUCAUCCAGAAUUUAGUUCAAAUAAUUUUUAUUUGGGUGGAGAUUCAUAUUCUGGUAUCGUUGUUCCACGUGUUGUGCAACUAAUAUCAGAUGGAAUUGAAGCAGGCAACAAGCCUUUGGUUAACCUUAAGGGUUAUUUACUUGGAAACCCUUUAACAUUUCCUGAAGAAGAAAAUUUUGUGAUUCCAUUUCUUGUUGGCAUGGCAAUCAUUCCUAUUGAACUUUAUCAGUCAAUGAUGCAAAAUUGCAAAGGAGAAUACAGAAAGGAGUUUGCUCCCACUAAUGCUCAAUGCACCCAAGAUCUAAAUAUUGUGGAUGAGCUGUCGAACAAUAUUAAUGAUCAACAUGUUUUAGAUCCCCUGUGUGGAUCAGAAACUGAAUUGAAAAGCCCAUUUCCAUCUAAAUUUAGAGGGAGUAGAAGAUCUAUUCAAGAGAAUGCCAUCUCACCCAGCUGUUAUGGAAAGCUUGUUGAUAGACACGAACUUUCAAAUUAUUGGGCAAAUGACCCUCGAGUCCAGAAAGCUCUCCAUGUUCGAAAGGGAACUAUAGAUCACUGGGCAAGAUGCAAGCAAAAUGGUAUUAAAAAAUACUAUACAUUUACCUCUAUGGACAGUAUUUCAUAUCAUAGAAAUCACAGCGCUAAAGGUUAUCGAUCACUUAUAUACAGUGGUGAUCAUGACAUGGGUGUACCAUUCCAAUCUACAGAAGCAUGGAUUAAAUCAUUAAAUUAUUCAAUUGUUGAUAAUUGGCGUCAAUGGAUCGUUAAUGGUCAAGUUGCCGGAUACACAAGAUCAUAUGCCAAUAAGAUGACAUAUGCAACUGUAAAGGGAGCUGGACAUGUAGCUCCUGAGUACAAAAGGGAAGAGUGCUUUAAUAUGUUCAAAAGAUGGAUAUCUCAUAAUCCUUUAUAGAGAUUAUUAUUGAUGCUAUGAGCCAAUAAUUGACGUCGGUAUCUGCUUUUAAAUGGAGUCGAGAUUUUAUUAGAAAUAGUUAUUUAAUUUUCGUAUGAUAGGAAUAAGGUCUACGAAAACAUUAUUCUUUUCAACUCUUAAUUACACGUUGUUUUACUAUUAUUGAGACAUAAUUAUUACCUCUCCUUUUCCUAA